AAUUACAGCACUUCCCAAAGCCGACCCGGCCACUAUCUGAUUGAUGCUGGGCUGUGGGGAUCCGACCAGUCCACUAAAUCGAAGCAAACCGAAGAAACAAAAGGAGACUCUCAGAAUAGACUAUCUAAAAUUUCCCUGGAGUCUCUCAAUAAAUUCAACAGCAAUAACGUACUUUUAUUAGAAAAGGAGAAGAACUGUCUGAACAAGGUUGAAGGACAAAAGGAAGAAAAUGGGAAGAAAGAAGAGGCUUCCUUAAAUAACUCAGAUCGUUAUCGACUUAAAGAAAUGAUUGAUGAAGAUGUUUCUGGCUCCGCUCUGCAGAUCCAGUGCUACCAGUGCGAGGAGUUCCAGCUGAACAACGACUGCUCCGCGCCCGAGUUCAUCGUGAACUGUACGGUCAACGUGCAAGACAUGUGUCAGAAGGAAGUAAUGGAGAAAAGUUUCGGAAUCAUGUACCGCAAGUCGUGCGCGUCCUCGGCAGCCUGCCUCAUCGCGUCUGCGGGAUACCAGUCCUUCUGCUCCCCGGGAAAGGUGAACUCUGUCUGCAUCAGCUGCUGCAACACGCCGCUCUGCAACGGGCCCCGGCCCAGGAAGAGAGGGAACGCGGGCGCAACGCCUCGGGCACACAUCGUAACCACCAUACUGCUCCUUACAUUGGCUCUUUCGGCUGCGUAUUGCUAA